CCCACAGCCUCUACCUCGGAGUCAGGGGUUGGGUGCGGGGAGCCCCGGUGCUGGAGGAAGUGAAAGCGCAGGGCAGAGGCGGUGAGUGUGUGCUGAGGGUGUGUGCUCGGUCCCAGACGUGGCAGCUCCGGGUAAGGGCCCGCCGUGGCGCCCGGCUCCACUGCCAGCGCCGACAGAGCGGACAGAGCCAGAGCGUCGCGGGGCAGACAAUGCACCAGCAGUCCUCCUGGACUUCUCCACCUGCAAAUGGCUCCUCGGUACACGCAUCUCAGAAGCAGCUGCCAGAGGUGCUGGGAGGAACCCUGGACCGCCCUCGCGAGGAUGGACUGCCCGUGCUCACUGCUAUUGUCGCCAUCUUUGUCCUGUUGGCGGUCUGCAUUGUGGUGGCGGUACACUUCGGGCCGCGGCUGCACCAGGGCCGGGUCACUCUGUCUAUGGAACCUCCAGCGCCAAAGCCGGAGGGCGGCAUCUACCUCAUCCACUGGCGAGUGUUGGAUCUCCAGGACCCUCAGGGACCCCCAGUCCUUGGCGCCUGCCCUGUGCCCCAGAAGCGUGGGCUCAACCUUGAGGAGGUCACAUAUCUGUAGGGAGGAGACUGACUUGACUCAGAACAAGAAACGCAGCAGAGAACUGGGGCAAAACUGGGCCUGGACUUUGGCCCUUCAGCAGAGCUCACAUGGACGUGGCUGCAGUUGAGAGUUUGCUGGGAAAACCCUGCUGAGACUGGGAGAAAUGAAAGAUGCUGAGGCCUGCUCAGAGCCCUGCCUUCUGGAGGAAGCCUAACCCCACUCUUCCUCCUCCUCCAGCCCCCCCCCAUCCCAAGCCUCCUGCCUGUUCCUGUGCCCAGCGGCCACCCUGAAUCUCCCCUUCCUGUGGGGUCACAGUACUUCCAAGAUCCUUGCAAAGCCCCAAGCAGCAUUUAUUUUGGUUUUCUUUUUUGGUUUUUGUUUGGGGGACACCCAAUGGUGCUCAGCGCUUACUCCUGGCUCUGUGCUCAGGAAUCACUCCUAGUGGGCUCAAGGGACACAGGUGAUGCUGGGGAUCAAACCCAGGUCGACCAAGUGCAGGACAAAUGCCCUACUUGCUGUACAAUCACUCUGCUCGCCUAAGCACCCUUUGGGUUUGUCCAUGAAUUGUCUGUGACAGCAGCCACUGACUGUCUCUUGCCUUCCUAGGAUGGAACAGGGGACUCCUGAGGGGUCACAUUACAGGUCAUUUUCUGUAUGUCUAGGCUUGUGGGAGCUAAUCUAGCCUUUAGCCCAGGACAUUUCCCAGAGCCAGAACCUUCCAGUGAUAGGACAGGAAAGGGAAAGGAGUUCCAUGAGCUCGUCUGGAGAGAAGGUGGGAGUGGAGCGGGCCUGUCGGGAGAGGCCUGGAGGCUGGACGAUGCAAGAGGUCAGGGAGGGCCCCAGGAGAUGGUGCAAAGGGCUGGACCACAUGUGCGGCAUGCAUGGGCUUCAAGCUCAGUCCCUGGCACAUCGCCACCAUGGAGGCCACACAGCUGGAUUGAGUAUCACUAGAAUAAACCCUAAUCACUUCAGAGGUCAUCCCCAAAACUACCAGUCACUGGAACCAGGGGUGUAGCUCAGUGGUAGAGAGCAGACUUCACAUGUUUGAGGUUCUGGGUUCCAUCCCUGGAACCCCUCCAGAAUGCCAGCCGUCUCUUGAGUCAGCCAAUCCAGCCAAGGUGUACUCGGAGGGGUCCUGUGAGGAACAUUUAAAAAGGGGACUAGAGUG